AUGGGCGAUAUCAUCGAUGCCGGAGCUUCUUCCAAGCUCUUCACUCCUCUUGACAUUGGAAAUGGAAAAGUCCAUCUCAAGCACCGCAUUAUCCAUGCACCUCUGACUAGAAAUCGGGGAACUCCGGUGAACACUGAGUCUACGCCUGAGAAGCCCAACCGACUCUGGGUUCCUAAUGACCUGAUGGUCGAAUACUAUUCUCAACGAGCAACCGAUGGUGGCCUCAUUAUUUCUGAGGGCCUUCCACCCUCACUUGAGGGUAACGGAAUGCCAGGCGUUCCAGGUAUUUUCCUACCUGAACAGGUAGAAGGCUGGAAGAAGGUUGUUUCUGCUGUCCAUUCCAAAGGAGGCUAUAUGUAUGCCCAGCUUUGGCACUCCGGUCGCGCCAACAUUCCCCAAUUGACGGGGACUCCUACUCUGGCCCCCUCGGCAACACCAUGGGAUGACCCUCACGAGACCUUCGCAUAUCCUCCACCUCACAGUACCACGCCCGUUAAGAUUGCAGACUAUCCGCCCAUCGAGAUGACCGUGGAUAAGAUCAAGAGUACUAUCAGUGACUACGUCAAUGCCGCAAAGAAUGCCAUUGAAGCUGGUUUCGACGGUGUCGAAGUCCACGGUGGAAACGGAUACCUUGUCGAGCAAUUUCUCUCGUCAAACAUCAACAAACGAACGGACCACUAUGGCGGUUCCGAAGAGAAAAGAUGUAACUUUGCAAUUGAACUGAUGGAGGAACUAGCCAAUGCGAUUGGCCAAGAGAACCUGGCUAUUCGUCUAACCCCUUUUGGCCUGUUUAACCAGGCCCGUGGCGAGAAGCGCGUCGAAACCUGGAGCCACCUAUGUCGUGAACUGAAGUCCCGCUUGCCCAAGCUUUCAUAUGUUAGUUUCGUUGAGCCAAGAUAUGAGCAGAUCUUCUCGGAGGAGGAGAAGCAGAAGUUCUUGGGCUCUUGGGGUUUACCUACCGUUGAUCUGUCGCUGUUCCGUUCCAUCUUUGGGGAUACGCCAUUCUUUUCCGCUGGUGGAUUCAAUGACGUUACCUCAUGGGGUGUCGUCGAGAGUGGAAAGUAUGAUGGUCUGUUGUAUGGAAGGUAUUUUAUCAGUAACCCUGACUUGGUGGAGAGAUUGAGGAAUGGAUGGCCGUUGCAGGCGUAUGAUCGAAAGACGUUUUAUGGGCCCUUUGAGGACAAUGCCGUUGGAUAUACGGAUUAUCAAUUCUACAAAAAGGAGUAG